CUGAUGGAGACGACCAAGAAGUUCGAUAAAUCGGCAAAGGAUCUAGCGAACACGAAUGAGAAGUUGGCGGACACGACUAAGACUCUGGAUAAAUCGACCAAGGAUCUAGCGGACACGACUAAAAGAUUGGAUACAACGGCCAAGGAUUUGGUGGACACGACUGAGAAGUUGGAAACCAAGACUGUAGAGUGUGAGACUCUUUGUGAAGAUCUAGCUGCUGCCCGGGCGAAACAGGAGAGUAAAUAUCUAAGUCAGGUCCAACAACGUCCAAUUUUGCCUGAUGCAUCCGGUGUAGCCAGUGUAACCGCUGACGCUAACCGUCUAGUACACAGCUUCCCCACAUUUCGCGAGGAGCUCAUGUUCUUUACUUGGCGCCCAGCGUCUAGUAAAUAUAUGUCUGUUGGGCUACGGGCUGAACUGCUGCAAACCAUGAAAAAAUCUGAUACUAUUGUCCGCAGUCUGCAAGCAUUGUCCAUCAAUUUGCAACCUUCCAUAAAGGACGUUGUGGAUAAAUUAGUCAUAUUUGGUCAAGGUUGGAACACGUACUUAGACUGUAGUAUGUACUGGCACGUGGAUUCUCGGUAUGCUUUGGACGAUAAGGUUUGCGCCAACCGGACCUUGAUUGAACAACUGAAAAUGUAUCUGUCCAAACUCUGAAUCAUCCAAUGCGUGUUUAUUUAUUUAUCACCUACUUCAUUGCCGCCCUUUCUACUGGACUUUCGAACGGAAUAUUGCUUACUAGUAGGUGUUUAUAGUAUGAGGUGUACGAGAGUGUUGGGUAUAUUCGGUGGGGGGCGAGAAUGCUAUUUAGGCAUAGCGUCGGGAGUCAUGUUCAUGUAUAUAAUACAAUUUUUUUAAAUAAAUAAAUACAUCAUUCGCGA